AUGUGUUCUCUCCUUCCCUCCCUGGGAAAACCAAAGUCAUGCUAUGCCUCACUGCGCCAGUGCUCGGACCUGCGAAAUCAACGGGAUUACGACUGUUACUGGUGCGGUUUGCAGUCGCAGUACAUGAGUCGUACUGUUUCGUGGAAUCUACUAGACCAGCCUUUUCCUUGCACGCUGCCGCCACUAGAAUCAACUGCUUCCACUCUGAAGGAGGUAAACCAGGCUGCCGACCUUCGCCAAUCCUCCAUGUCGCACUCCAGCCUCGACGCUGUAUCCCGAGUAGCGGAACUGCAGCAAAUCAUCAACAGGUUGAAGACAGAAAACAAAGACCUGACCAUCAAGUUGCAGGACGCCCAGGAAGAGAUGUUGGCUCACUCCUACCAGGACGUCAAGACCUUCCUUGCCAAAACUGACAAUUCAUUUGGUAUCGAGGUUGACAAACUGACUAAGGAGGAGGUUGUUGAUCUGUGGACCCAGGAGAAAUUCGGGAACAUGCAAUUGCGGGCCUACAUCGAUCAGAUCCUCGAGAAGGUGGUGACGCAUAAUCCUGAACUGCUCGAACACGCCUAG